CGAAGGUUUUUGCAUCGCAGUUUAUUAUUAUUUUUAUUUUGCAAGAAAUUGUACAAGAAAAUGCAGAGCCAGCGAUUUCUAAUAUGGGCAAUUUUAGCCUGCUGCCUUGUGGCCAUUAAAUCCACGCCCAUUAGCGACACAUCGGAUUCGUCGGAUGAAUCAACGUCUGUGGAGAAGCAUCAGGCGAAACGGGACCCUGCGGCGACUGGCGGUGUGGAGUUCGAGCUGAUGUUCCCAUACGAUGACGACGACGCCCUGCUGGAAGGAGAAAAGUGGAACCCCGUGCAGGACAACGACUGGGACGUGCUGAUCUUCACCCAGCAGUGGCCGGUGACCACAUGCUAUCACUGGCGCGAGGAUAAUCCCGAUCAGGAGUGCUCGCUGCCAAAAAAGGAGUUCUGGACAAUCCACGGCAUAUGGCCAACGAAACUGCAUCAGUUUGGGCCGAAUUUCUGCAACAAUUCGGCCAGCUUCAGUCCGGAAAAGCUGGAACCCAUAUCAGAUCGUCUGGAGACCUUCUGGCCGGAUCUCAAGGGCGAGGACACGCAGGAGUGGCUGUGGAAGCACGAGUGGCAGAAGCAUGGCACGUGCGCGAUGCGCAUCGAAGCACUAGACAAUGAACUCAAGUACUUCGAACAAGGACUGACUUGGCGAGAGGAUUACAUUAUGUCGCGCAUCCUGGACGCCUCCGACAUACACCCGGACUCCAACAAUACGGUCACCGCAAUCAACAAUGCCAUUGUGAAGGCGCUGGGCAAGAAUCCCUCCAUCCAUUGCCUCUUCGAUAACAAGCACAGCAUUAGCUAUCUCUCUGAGAUUCGCAUCUGCUUCAGUAAAUCGUUGGAGCUGAUCGAUUGCGAUGGCGUGAAGCAGGGUGAUGCUGUGACUGGUCUAUCCGGUGGCAAUAUCACCACCAAUUGCCAUAUCGGCAGCCUCGUUCACUACCCGAGCUUGGUGCCACCGCUGCAGCGGAAAAGGGACUGGAAGUUUCCGCUGGUUAAUGUCUACAAGCUGCUGCAGUUUCUCAUGUGGUUCACAUUGUAAACGACGACUGGGAGCUUGGACACAUGAUCUUACAUAUUAUGUAUAGUAUUUUGAGGCGCG